CACUACUGCACAAUCCCCUUUUUUCGCCGCCAUAACAGUUUCCUGUCUGACAUCAAUCACUUUGAGGGUCUCUCAAAUUGCCUCAAGUGCAACUUGUUGCAUAUUUUCGUGUGCCUUUGACACUAUACAGUUGUGUAUAGUGUGUGUUAUUGUCUAAGAAAGGGGACGAAACGGCGACAAAAUAGGCCUUUCCGACACAGCCAUCAUGGACAUGAUGAUCAGCUCUCUCCAACAGCAGAAGAGAGUGACGGAGCAGCUGCGCCGUGAGGCGGCCAUCCGGAGGAUACUCGUGUCCCAGGCCGCCACAGACAUCAUGAAGUACAUCUCGGACCACCAGCAGGAGGACUGCCUGCUGGUAGGCUUCAGCUCCCAAAAAGCCAAUCCGUUUAGAGAAAAGAGCAGUUGCAAUUUGUUGUAAAUUUUUCAACCUUUCUAUGCACAAAUGAUCUGUUUAAUUUACACGCCAUUCUUUGCUUUAGUUAUCGUUUUAUUAUUAAAUAAUUUGACGUAUAUUACAUUACAAAGUUAAUAUUUACUCUUUAGUUAAUUUAAGCUUCACGGUGUUUGUUUUGCUUACGCAGUGAUUCUGAAGCAUUUGAAUCGAGCACAAUUUGCACCUCUCGUUUCACUAGGUUGAAUCAAUGUCGCACCAACCUGUGAACAACGGUCUUCGACGCCUGCUGGCAAGGUCCAAGCUUACGUUCUCAUUCCGCUCUAAAAAAUCUGAAUCUGGUAUUUUGCAACCAAGCUGCUGUGGGUCUGUGCGCUGUGCUAAAUCUUAAUCACUCUCUCAAAGUAAACAAAACAGUGCACCUUGGUAAUAGACACACAAACUAAGUUAAGGCGAGUUUCUCUCAAUCUUCUUUCCAGUACAAGUCAAUGUCUUCGCUUAUUCUCUAUUGGAAAUCAAAACUGACUGUCAAAUAUACCACUGAAUGUUGUCACAAUACUGUAACCAUUCUAUGAAAAUACGUAGCAGUUCCUCGUCAGAUGUUGAUGUUGGUGAUCGUUACGCGCGCGCGCCCCCACGUUAAUGUCUGCGCUGUAGUUUUCCUUGUUGUCAAGAGGCCUACCAAGUAACAGCAAUUUUCAUUCGUGACCCCCUGCCCUGUACGCCCGCCAACCAAUCUACACAAUUGUUACACUCGUAGGACGCUUAUUUGAUCAAUAAACAGACUAUUUUUGUAAGAAAUAUAAUAUUGUACUCUUGGAUAUUGAAAAUCGAGGUGCUGCUGAUAGGCUAUUCAUCUUCUGAAACUCCAAAUAAUCAUUUUCUUCGGUUACGAAACCACGUAGUUUGUAGAUAUUUACGAUGUGCGCCAAUAAAAUAAAAUGCGUUGUUGAA